CUGCUUAAAUGAAGUUCGGUGACGGKGUAGCUAGUCAGAAACCUAUCGUAGCCACCUGCACCAGACAGCGAAUUCGCGUCCCGGCGACUGGAAUUGGACAUUAACAAACAAAACUGCCUGAAAUAUGCCCGUGUUUUCAGUGAAUGUGAAAUGGGGAAAGGAGAAGUUUGAUGCAAUAGAGCUGAACACAGAAGAACCUCCCAUGGUCUUCAAGGCUCAGCUCUUUGCCUUGUCAGGGGUACAACCAGAGAGACAGAAGGUUAUGGUCAAGGGAGGCACACUCAAGGAUGAUGAUUGGGGAAACAUCAAAUUGAAGAAUGGGAUGACUCUGUUGAUGAUGGGCUCAGCCGAGGCCCUGCCUGAGGAGCCUGCAGUCAGGCCCAUGUUUGUUGAGGACAUGACUGAAGACCAGCUGGCCUCAGCUAUGGAGAUGCCUUGCGGAUUGACCAACCUGGGCAACACCUGCUAUAUGAACGCUACAGUGCAGUGUCUUCGCUCCGUGCCAGAGCUCAAAGGAGCCCUCGGAAGGUAUACAGGUGCUCUGCGGUCCUCUGGGGCCAGUGCACCAUCCCAGUACAUCACAGCAGCCCUCCGUGACCUCUACAAGACCAUGGACAAGACCUCCUCCAGCAUACCCCCCAUCAUCCUGCUGCAGUUUCUGCACAUGGCCUUCCCCCAGUUCGCUGAYAAGGGAGACCAGGGACAGUACCUCCAGCAGGAUGCCAACGAGUGCUGGUUGCAGAUGAUGAGGGUCCUUCAGCAGAAGUUGGAGCCACAAGACACAGAUUCUCCCAUGGAAACUGAGAGUGGAGCUGCCAAGAAGAACUUCAUUGACCAGUAUUUUGGAGUGGAGUACGAAACCACUAUGAAAUGUACAGAGUCUGAGGACGAGGAGCCAGCCAAAGGUAAAGAGAGCCAGCUCCAACUCAGCUGUUUCAUCAACCAGGAGGUCAAGUACCUGGCCACUGGCCUCAGGCUGAGACUGCAGGAAGAAAUCACCAAGCUGUCUCCGUCUUUGCAAAGAAAUGCCCUGUACAUAAAAUCUUCUAAAGUCAGCCGCCUCCCUGCCUACCUYACCAUUCAGAUGGUUAGAUUUUUCUACAAYGAGAAGGAGUCUGUCAAUGCCAAAGUCCUAAAGGAUGUAAAGUUCCCACUGAUGCUGGAUGUGUAUGAGCUGUGUACCUCGGGGCUGCAGGAGAAGAUGGUGGCCGUUAGGUCAAAGUUCAAGGAGAUUGAGGACAAGAAGKUGGAGAAACAGUCGCAGAAGGUGGAGAAGAAAGUGGGAGACGAGCCGAAAGAAGUGAAAUACGAGCCCUUUUCAUUCGAUGACGACCUGGGCUCUAACAACAGUGGCUACUACGACCUGCAGGGAGUGCUGACACACCAGGGCAGAUCCAGCUCCUCCGGACACUACGUCGCCUGGGUCAAGAGGAAAGAAGAUGAGUGGGUGAAGUUUGACGACGACAAGGUAAGCGUGGUAUCUCCAGAAGAUAUACUGAGGCUGUCCGGUGGAGGAGACUGGCAUAUAGCCUACGUUCUACUAUACGGACCAAGACGACUGGAAAUACUUGAAGAGCAACAGUAACCAACCUUAACACAAAUAAAAUCUAGCCAACCUACACACACGCCAUUUCCAAGCACUGUCUACUCUGUGUAGAUGUGCAAUAAAUUCUGGGUGUCUACAAAAAUUGAUUACCUUAUUUUUUUUUACUUCUUGACACAUGCUUGUGAACCCAUCCAGCAUCAACAUGAGGUAGUUUAUCUAUCGAAGCAAGGUUUUAAAUGGUUUAUUAUAAGAGCCAGGCAAUCUCUGGACUGGAUCCUUGAGAGGUUUUGCGAGAUUUAGUUCUGCAGUUUCAUUAAUUAAAUGUUUUAUACACAUAAUUUUUAAAGCCUUGAACAAGGUGCUAAUGUCAUAGUACUUGUCUGUAGUCAUAUAACUAAUCCGCUUGUACAGAAAAGUCUUUGGCCAAGCAACAUUGUUUUAAGGUGUCUUGAGAUACCCUGAACCUUCCCUUCAAAUAAAAUGUAUUGGAGAACCCCCCCCCCCCCUGCAUCAUACAAGCAGUUCAACAUCUCUGCUGUGGUACUAACGCUUCUCUCAUACUGUAAUUAUCCUGACCACCACCCUGCCAACUACGAUGUGUGAGACCUAUGACGGUUUCUCUAAGUUAUUGACUGAUUGCUUUUCAUAAAUGGUGAAAGUAAACCGUUAUACCAAA